GGCGGUGAGCAGGAUGGCCUGUAGCCUGUGCGCUGCACCGACGCGCUGCGUGUGGACAUGAAAUGACAGGUAGCAGAUGGUCCUUCUUUUUUUUUUUUUACACCUGGAAAGUUUUGUCUUUUUGGGGCCAAAUUAAUAUCUGUGAUCCAUAAGGCGUCGCAGAGCCCACUGAGGAGUUGAUGGUGGGUUUUCUGGAGUGAUUUCGUGGUGUUGAACUGCGGACAUGGACGCAAUAAAGAAAGAUGUCCCCCCUGUGGGGGAAGCAGGAAAGUCAGACACCCUGGGGUCGACUGGCUCGGCCAGAAAAAGGGGAGGGGGGGCCAAGAAGGCGAUGCAGGCGAACAAGUCUGCCCUCAGGGCCCCCCGAGCCCUCUGCUGCCUCACCCUCAGCAACCCCAUCCGCAUGGCAGCACUGGCCCUCGUAGAGUGGAAAUAUCCUUCUCUGAUCCUCAAGCCUUUUGAUAUCUUCAUUCUGCUCGCCAUUUUUGCCAACUGUGUGGCCAUGGGCGUCACCAAGCCGUACCCUGAUGAUGACUCCAACGCCACCAAUCACCAACUGGAACAAGUUGAGUAUGUCUUCCUCGUCAUUUUCACCAUCGAGACCUUCACUAAAAUUCUUGCCUACGGCUUAGUCAUGCACCCCAGCGCCUACAUACGCAGCGGAUGGAACUUGCUGGAUUUCAUUAUCGUCAUUGUCGGGUUGUUCAGUGUCAUAGCAGAGGGCAUGACGGAUCACAAACCUGGAGAGGCCCAUCACGCUGCAGGAAAACCUGGAGGCCUGGAUGUCAAAGCUCUCAGAGCGUUCAGGGUGUUACGACCGCUUCGGCUCGUAUCUGGCGUGCCAAGUUUACAGAUUGUGUUGAACUCCAUCAUGAAAGCCAUGGUCCCCCUUCUGCACAUUGGUAUGUUGGUCAUGUUUGUCAUCAUCAUCUACGCCAUCAUCGGCUUGGAGCUUUUCAUCGGCAGGAUGCACAAGACGUGCUACUCCUCCAGCACAGGUCUCAUGGUGGAAGAUGAUCCGUCGCCCUGUGCGUUUGCCGGGAGCGGGCGCUUUUGUGUGGGGAAUGGGACUGAGUGUAGGGGCAAAUGGGAGGGCCCCAACGGCGGCAUCACAAACUUUGACAACGUUUUCUUCGCCAUGCUGACAGUUUUCCAGUGCAUCACUAUGGAGGGUUGGACGGACGUUCUCUACUGGAUGAAUGAUGCCAUCGGCUACGAGAUCCCAUGGAUUUACUUUGUUUCUCUGGUCAUCUUUGGAUCAUUCUUCAUUAUCAAUCUCGUAUUGGGUGUGUUGAGCGGAGAGUUCUCCAAGGAAAGAGAAAAGGCCGUGGCACGUGGUGAGCUGCAGAAAGCACAGGAGAGCAAGCAGAUGGAGGAGGACAUGAUUGGCUACAUGGACUGGCUCAUAGAGGCCGAAGAUGUGGACGAAGAAGGAAACAAACGUGCUGCGAUCGCAAAGAAAAAGAUGAUGAAGAAGUUUGGCUGGUACAAACACAGUGAGGAUGGUGGAGAGUCAGACUCGGAUGAUGAUAUAGCAUACCUCGAUGAUGAUAAUGGCUGCUGUGCUUCUCUCAUGGCAAAGAUGAUGGCAAACAGCUUCUGUGACCAGUUGUGUCAGCUGAAUCAUACAAUGAGAAAGAACUGCCGUGUGGCCGUUAAGACCACAAACUUCUACUGGUUGGUGCUUCUGCUGGUGUUUCUCAACACAGUGGCCAGUGCCUCCGAGCACUACGGGCAACCAAAGUGGCUCACAGAAAUGCAGGAGCGAGCCAACAAGAUCCUGCUGCUGCUCUUCACUCUGGAGAUGUUGAUGAAGAUGUACGCCUUCGGCCUGCAGAUCUAUUUCAUGGCGCUGUUCAACCGCUUUGAUUGCUUCGUGGUGUGCGGCGGCAUCCUGGAGACACUGCUUGUAGAGAUGGAAGUCAUCCCGCCCAUCGGCAUCUCUGUGCUGCGCUGCAUCCGACUGCUCAGGAUAUUCAAGAUGACCCGGCACUGGGCUGCUUUAUCCGACCUGGUCAACUCGCUGCUCAACUCCAUGAAAGCUAUCUGCUCCCUGCUGCUGCUGCUCUUCCUCUUCCUCAUCAUCUUCGCCUUGCUGGGCAUGCAGUUGUUUGGAGGCAAAUUCAACUUUGACGAGACUCAGAUGAAGAGAAGUACUUUUGACUCCUUCCCUCAGGCUCUGCUCACUUGUUUCCAGAUCCUCACUGGAGAGGACUGGAACGCCGUGAUGUAUGACGGCAUUAUGGCAUAUGGAGGACCAAUCUUCCCCAAUAUGGUGGUGUGCAUUUACUUCGUCAUCCUCUUCGUCUGUGGUAACUACAUCCUGCUCAAUGUCUUCUUGGCUAUCGCUGUGGACAACUUGGCAGGAGGCGGCGGGAAAUCCAAAGUCGAGGAGAAAAAGGAAGAGGAAGAAGAAUGGGAUGAGGAUGAAGAGAAAGAAGAUGAAGAUGCAGGGAACGAUGAAGACGACUGGCAGGAAAAUGAGGAGCUGAGGGCCAUCGAGGGGCUGGAGGGAGUCGCUCCAUUAAAGCCUGAGUUCUCAGGGCCCAAAGAGAAGAUCGUCCCGAUCCCUGAUGGAAGCUCCUUCUUCAUUCUUGGAAAGAAAAACUGUUUGCGAGUCGCCUGCCACAACCUCAUCCAUCACCCGUACUUCACCAACUUCAUUCUCAUCUUCAUCAUCCUCAGUAGUAUUUCCCUGGCUGCUGAGGAUCCAAUCAAAUCCCACUCAUUCAGGAACAUCGUACUCGGUUAUGCUGAUUAUGUUUUCACUUCAGUUUUCACAGUGGAGAUUGUACUAAAGAUGACAGUCUACGGAGCUUUUCUGCACACCGGCUCCUUCUGCAGGAACGCUUUCAACCUUCUUGACCUGCUGGUUGUCAGCGUGUCGCUCACGUCUUUCUUUUUACAUUCAAGUGCAAUCUCCGUGGUCAAGAUUCUCAGAGUGCUGCGAGUGCUCAGGCCUCUUCGAGCCAUUAACAGAGCCAAAGGACUGAAGAAUGUGGUGCAGUGUGUGUUCGUGGCGAUCCGCACCAUCGGCAACAUCUUAAUUGUCACAACACUCCUUCAGUUCAUGUUUGCCUGUAUUGGAGUGCAGCUCUUCAAGGGCAGAUUCUACAGCUGCACGGAUGAAGCCAAACACACCCCUGUGGAGUGCAGGGGGACAUUCGUGGUCUAUAAAGACGGAGAUAUGAACCACCCCAUGGUGAGAGAGAGGAUUUGGGAAAACAGUGAUUUCAACUUUGACAAUGUGCUGAUGGGCAUGCUGGCUUUAUUCACUGUGUCGACAUUUGAAGGCUGGCCGCAGCUUCUUUAUCGGGCCGUGGACGCCAACGCCAUCAACCGUGGUCCCAUUUACAACUACCGAGUCGAAAUCUCCAUCUUUUUCAUCAUCUACAUCAUCAUCAUCGCCUUCUUCAUGAUGAACAUAUUCGUGGGUUUUGUCAUCAUCACAUUUCGAGAGCAAGGAGAGGCCGAAUUCAAAAAUUGUGAACUCAACAAAAAUCAGCGUCAGUGUGUGUACUACGCCCUGAAAGCUCAGCCUAUAAAGAUCUACAUCCCUAAAAACCCGUCGCAGCUCAAAUUCUGGAAAAUUAUCAACUCCAGCCAAUUUGAAUACGUCAUGUUUGUGCUGAUUCUGGGAAACACUCUCACUCUGGCUGUUCAGCAUUAUGAGCAGUCUAAACUCUUCACCUCCAUCAUGGACAUCCUCAACAUGAUCUUCACUGUCGUUUUCACCAUAGAGAUGAUCAUCAAGUUACUGGCUCUGCGGGCUCAUCACUACUUCAUCGAUCCAUGGAAUUCAUUUGACGCCUUGAUUGUCGUGGGGAGCGUGCUGGAUAUCGCAGUCUCUGAGUUCAGCGGAGGAGGCGGCCACGGAGAGGGUGGAGGUAAAGGAGAGAGUGGUAAAGUGUCCAUCACAUUCUUCCGUUUAUUCCGAGUCCUGCGGUUGGUGAAGCUACUCAGCAAAGGAGAGGGCAUCCGAACGCUCCUCUGGACUUUUGUCAAGUCGCUCCAGGCCCUGCCGUACGUUGGUCUGCUCAUCGCCAUGAUCUUCUUCAUCUAUGCUGUGAUCGGCAUGCAGACGUUUGGGAAAGUGGCCGUCGAUGACGACACACAUAUUAACAGAAACUGCAACUUCCAGACUUUCUUCAUGGCUGUUCUGGUGCUCUUCAGGUGUGCCACUGGGGAGCAAUGGCAGGAGAUUAUGUUGGCAGCUCUGCCCGGUAGACGCUGUGACCCAGAAGCCGACACUGAGCCUGGUGAAGAGUUCACCUGCGGUAGCAACUUGUCCUACAUCUACUUCAUCAGCUUCUUCAUGCUCUGUGCUUACCUGAUUAUCAACUUGUUCAUCGCCGUCAUCAUGGACAACUUUGAAUACCUGACACGAGACUGGACUGUGCUCGGCACGCACCACCUGGACGAGUUCAAGAGAGUUUGGUCGGACUACGAUCCAGAGGCCACCGGUCGUAUAAAACACAUCGAUGUUGUCACUAUGCUGCGCAGGAUUCAGCCACCCCUUGGUUUUGGAAAACUGUGUCCUCAUCGUGUUGCUUGCAAGCGUCUGGUUGCUAUGAACGUCCCGCUGCACGCUGACGGGACAGUCACCUUCAGUGCUACUCUGUUUGCUCUUGUCCGAACUUCACUCAAGAUCAAGACUGAAGGUCCCAUCGACCAGCAGAAUGAGGAGCUGAAGCUGAUCAUUAAGAAGCUCUGGAAGCGCACCAAGCCCAAGCUCAUUGAUGAAGUCAUUCCUCCCCCUAGAGGGGAUGAGGUGACGUGUGGGAAGUUCUAUGCCAGCUUCUUGAUUCAGGACUAUUUUAAAAAGUUCCGCAAGAGGAAGGAGAGGGAGAGGAAAUCAAAAAGGAAGGACAAGGCGGCUUCUCUGCAGCAAGGGCUGCGGACGCUGCAGGACCUGGCUCCAGAGAUGCGUCUGGCGAUGGCCUGUGACCUGGAAGAAGAGGAGGGUGCCGACGGAGAGAUGACCGGCGAUGAGAUAUUCGACAGCGAGCCUGGAACUUCGGUGACAACCACGCCUGCCACAACACCAUUGCCACCUAUAGACACGCUGGUAGAGCAGGUGACUGUGUUCAUGGAACCUGAGCCCAAGAUAGCCAACGGGGGCGUGAUUACAGAGCAGGUGACGGGCCUGCAGGAGCACCAGAGACCAGGAUCGGAGCUGGCGGGAGUCAGCGUUGUCACAGAGCAGCCUGUGAAGUCUAAUCCCCUGCCUGUCAGGGUGGACUCCAUCAGUGAGUUGCCUCCUCCUCCUCCUUCUCCUCUGCCUCCUCCAGAAAUACCACAGGUUGUAGUUGAAGAACCAGUUGUGGAGCCUACAGUCGAAGUAGUUGAGCAGGUUUACAGCAUUGAAGGAGAUGCUGUAAGUCUGGCAUCAGUAGACGGGUACGUGUAUCCAGAACCCGUCUCUCCUGAGCCAACUGAGACCGGCUACAACGAACAGAGUCUGGAUAGAGCAGACAGCAGCAUCGGGGAAAUACCCUACGAUACUCAUCAAGCUAACGGCUUUGAUAGCAACGAUUAUAACGGCACCAACAUGAAUGGAGAGAGUGUUACUGCAAGCCCCACUCCCUAUGCCACAAAUGGCUAUAAUGGGAAUGGAUACACAGGCUACAAUGACAACGGCAGUGUCAUAAGCGCCAAUGGAAACGGAAGUACGAUGAACGGCAAUGAGAACGGCAGCACGUUCAACGGUUUCAAUGGGAAUGGAUACAAUGGAAGUGAGAACAGCGCACAGUUUGUCAGGAGACGACUGCUUCCUCCCAUACCAAGAGGUCGUAAGCCGUCCUUUAACUUACAGUGUCUGAGGCCACAGAGCAGUGUGGACGACCUCCCCAUCCCAGGGAACUACCGUGGGAACACAUCCCCAACUAGAUCCCGUCUACAGACCCAGCACAGUCUGGACUCUCGGCCCAGCAGCGUGUCCUCGAUGUCAUCUGCCUCCUGGGCAAACACUGCAGCAGCUGGCACCACUCCUCUUCCAGGAAUAGUCGCCCCCUCAGGACGCAGGGGCAAGCUCAUCUACACCCCUAUGAUCCUGGUGGACGAGGCCAGCGGCACCACCCAGCCGCUGUGGAGCGACGGCUCUGCCAGCCUCCCUGCAGGAAACAGGGCACCUGGAUGGUAUCCCGGUCAGACGAGGACCUUCACCAGCGUGAGGAUGCCGCCGGUCACCCAAGGCCUCAUAGAUAAAGGCAGCGCAGACAGUCUGGUUGAGUCGAUCUUGAUCUCCGAGGGUCUGGGGAUGUACGCCAGGGACCCUAAGUUUGUGAGCUUCGCCAAGCGGGAGAUCGCCGAAGCCUGUCACAUGAGCCUGGACGACAUGGAGAGCGCUGCGGCUGACCUCAUAGCUCGCGGAGCCAGCCAGUCGAUUUCUCGCAUUGAGGACGAACUGGCCGAUGAAAUGAACUGCGUGAUUUCUUACUGAGAUCAGCACAAGUGAAAUAAACUGUGUGAGAAAGUGAGGUGUGAGGAAAUGUGUGUGUUUUAAAUCUGGAGAAAAAAGAAAGUGGACUGGACGACAUGAGAACGAUCUGAGACAGUUUUGUCUACUUUGUCAAAUGCUGUGUUGGUGAGAUUUACUUUUAAUAAUAGAUGCCAAAACGGACACUGAUUAUAAGAGCACAUGUCAGUAUGUGGCAGGACUCAACAACACCUCCUAUGAACACUUUGACUGCAGUGUUCUGCAGACGAGCCCGCUGAAUGUGACAGGAAACUGUGACUCUUAGCGUCACUACGACAAAGGACCAUAUUUUUUGCAUUGUAUUCUUAUUUUGUACUUGAAUUGUUGUCACUUUAUACACCUGUAUAAACUGUAAAAUAGAAAAUAUGAUACUAUUAGAUCAAUAAAACAUUUAUAAUGAUUUAUAUGUGAGUGACCAGCAGCAUUCACUAUUUUAGAGAAAUAUUUAAAUAUACUGAAUAUUGAAUAUCCUCUAAUAUGCAACAUGAAAACUCAUAGCAAAGAUUUUUGUGACU